AUGAGUGCAGAUUCCCAGACGCUGCAGGCAAAGUACCAGAAAUUGGCUGCUGAAUUUGCAAAGGUAUGCAUUUCAGUGACGUGUUGAAGCCUAUUCAUUUUAUUUAUUAACAGUCUCUGAAUCUGACAUGUAUAUUUUGCUCAAGGGAAAUACAUUUCUUUACAUGAUAAAUGGACAGUAGCAAUGUUGUUUGUUAUAUUCCGUGGCUCUAUCAGAAUCCGUUUGUACAAAUUAGAGGGGGUGGGGGUGGGGCGGAGGGGUAGGUAGGCUUACUUAGGACGGGUUUUAAUGACUUUUUUCAUAAGCGGCUGCUGAUGCCGGAUUGUGUGGCUAUAACCAUGAAGUACUGCUGCUAUGUGAUGAUAAGUAAAAUCGUAACAGACAGCAUAUAGCUGCCAACUUUUUCUGAGUCAAAUGCAUGAGAUUUUUGUCCUGUCACGAUAAAAACAUCCCGGGGACUUCUGAAGAUUUCCAAAGAUUUUCCGAAGACUUCUGAAUGUUGUUGAAAAAUGUCCGAAGAUGUUCUGAUAACCUUUGAGCACUGCCAAAGCUACCUGAAAGGCAACAAUUUUAACGUGCUUGGAAACAGUUAGGAUACAAUGUCAACAUUAAGCACCUUUUUGGAAUAUUUUUGUGGAAAUUGAAAUGAAUUUAAGCUCACUGCUAUCACUGUGUGACUAUUCUGUGCAUUUCAAAACUGGAUACCCCAUUCUAACUCUCAGCCUCCAAGUCAUAUAAUUUGCCACACACGAUACCAAUACAUGCCAAUAAAGGUUGUCUGGAUUUAAGUUGAAUUUAAGUAUUUGCCUGAAUAUUUUUGUAAGUUGUAUGGCAAAGUCCCCAAAAAACUAAAAUGUGAGGUUUUUUUUAACAGCAAAGAGCCCAGAACACUGUCUUGAAGAAAGCUGUAAUUGAUGAGCAAGGAAAAACCAAGUCAUUUCAGGUUUGAAAACUGACUGAUUUGGAGUUAAGUAAUUUCACUGGUCUCUUUCCUGCAGACAACUGACUUGAAUUUCUUUUUCCUGUUAACUUUUUAUUAUGUCCUGAAGGAAACUGUCAGGCAAAAGGAUCAGUCAAUCAGGAAAUAUGAACAGGAAAUUGACAGUUUGCAGUUUAGAAAUGAUCAGGUGACACAGUUUGAUCAUUUUCUUUUACUGAUUACUAAUUUUUUUUUCUCCUGAGUAAAAAAGGGGGUCUUAUCUAGUUCACCUGUUUUUUUGGCCAAGCAAACUAGUUAAUUUUGUAUGAGACUGAAUUCAAAACAUUGUUCUGAAGCGUUUAUAUGUUGUUCCUCUUUUGAAGUUGUCUAAGAGAGUAGCUGUUCUACAAGAAGAGCUUGAUGAAUAUGAUGGAAGAAACAGACGAGGAAAGGUUGAUAUCACUGUGUUUAUUUACCUUUUUUAUUACUCCCACUCUUUAAAAAUCAGUGCUUCACAUCACAGCAUACCUAUCAGAUGAAGGCAUUUGAUGGGCUUUCAUUUGCACUUAUGAUGUUUUUGGAGUUAGAUCAUACUGUAAGCAGUAAGCAUUGAAAAGGAAAAAUGUGGAUGUUAAUCAUUUGGGCAAUGGGCAAACUUUGCCAAGCAUCAUCACAGCCUGAGAUGAAGAUGUACUAGACUACUCAAUUUUUCCAUUUUGUAUCAUCUUAGUUGUGUUGUGUGGUUAUAAUUUCUCACAUGCAUUGACUCCAAAGCACACAUCUUAUUAUUGUUGUUCUUUGUAUUUUUCAGUCCAGAAUUGAUGGGGUGACAAGAACUGAUGAUGAUGAUGUUAAAGAUCAGGAACUCCAAAUAAAAAUUCAGGAAAAUGAGAGACUACAGAGAGAGGUAAAUAAUGACAAGAACCAACUCAAAACAUCAAAACACUGCUGGUACUCCUGAAAAUAUGGAACUUAAUACAGAAUAGUAUUAGAUGUGUAGUAUUCUUGGACCAAUAAGUUCUGACGAGUAACACUCUAUAUUAUCCAAAAGCUUUCAGCUGAAAUUUUAAUCAUGCUCCAGUGCAUGUUAAGUCUAUUAUAUUUCAGUAUGUGUGUAGAUUUAGACUUCCCUUUAAUUAUCUAUCCUUCUGUUUGUGACCUGAAACAAUUUAUUUUUUAUUCCUAAUGAUAACAAUGGACUGCUAGGGAGGAGCACUCAAUUUCUGUCAUUAGCAGAUACUGAUAUUCAUUACAUGUAAGUGACUUAAUUUUAUUGGUCAUUUUCUCCUAGUUGUAUGAGGCAACUCAGGAGUACAAAGGAUCAAUACUUUCCCUCCAAGAUAAAUUAGACUCACUAGAAAGGUAAAUAUUUUUCUUAAUUUAUCUCCUUUUUAUAGGCGUACACUACAGCUGUUAUAAUUUAUUUAUUGUUUCAGUCAAGUGGAAAUUUAUGCUAGUGAAUUUUAACUAAAUAAUGCAGAAAGGGGCUAUUUUCCACCAAACAAACAUGCAUCCAGGAAGAUAGCUAUUGAUGUCUAAUAGUUCCUGAAGUCAAAUUUAAGAAAGUGACUUGAUUUGCCUGCCUAACCUAGAAAUUAUCAAUUAUGGAAGUAAGUUAUAUAUACACUAGGAUAUGAGUAUAUUGAUUAAUAUUAAUAAUUAUUCAUUCAAAAUAUUUCCCCAAUUCUGAUUGGCUAAAUGCACACGCAUAAUUCACCAUAACCAGUUACUGAUGACCAAAUUUGGAAGAAUUUCCUGUUUAACGAGGAAGUGACGUCAAAAAUGCAGCGUUCUUGCGGGUUAAUGCACCGUUAACCAAGAAGACCUGGGGAUGAGGUUGAGUUGUUUUGGUUAUGAAAACAAAAAAUGGCGGACAUUUCACUCGUUUCAAGAGUAAGAACUAGGUGAAAUUGUAGCUUAAAACAUAGCAGGAACAGCAAGAACACAACUCGAAGGGUGACAUCUGCUAUUUGGAGAAUAUUUGCUGAGCUGAACAUUCCUAAACGAGCACUAUCGAAGGUGAACUUAACAUCGAUGGCGGUAAGCAUGUUUUAGCAUUGUUAAUAAAACAGUUAUUGAAUUCGGCUUUUGUAUCAUGAGAAGAAUCAUGGAGAUCUCGGAGGGUGUUAUCUGCCUCGGCCUACGGCCUCAACAGAUAACACCCUCCUCGAUCUCCAUAAUUCUUCAUAAGAUACUCAGCCUCAUUCAUUAAUUGUUAACUAAUUUUGUCCAGAAAUUCUACUGAUCACCAGAAGAUAUUAGAUGAAGCUAAUGAGAGGCACAGAAUGGUGGUUGAUAAACUUCAUGAGGAAAGAGCCAUGCUUGAGGUUUGUGUAAAAACGACUAGUUGUAACUUGAGUGAAUAAAAAUAGAUAAUGAUGACGGGAUUACUUGUAAUUUUUUGCUCUUAACUAUCAUUUGAGCAGUUCCUGUUAAAGAGGGGUCAUCUAAUAAUUGAGGUACUAAAUUCUUUGAUUUCUUUCCCUCAAACCUGAAGGCUAAACUUCAUAGAACAGAAGAGGAAUUAAAAGUGGCAAGCUUGAAAGCAGAGAAAAGGUAUAAAAAUAUAUCAUUAACACAAGUAUCCAAUGUCCAAUGGAAUUCAGAAUUUCAAAAAUGUAGUAUUUUCACUAAAGAUGAUUUAUCUUGCUUUUUUAGCCAUCAACAGCUCAAGUUGUUGCACAAAGAAAUGACGUCCAGAUAUGGUAAGGAUUUUGUUUACAUUGUAUCAGUACAGUAAUAUACUUUGGUACUCUCUAAUGGAGUAAUGUGCUUGACACAGAAAGGUAAUGAUAAUAAUAUCAUUAUGUUCAUUAACCCUGGCUAAGAGAACUACAUUAUAAAACCCAUUAUAGCUUAUGCGCUAAUAAUCUUGCACCUGGUGUCCUUUCUGCUAACUUAUUACUGACAAAAAUAUUUUCAUGACAGGUUGACAUGCAACCGUAACAGCCUCAAAAUCCCACUUUUCAAAACAGCUUCUGGGCAACGAUCUUUCGCCCAUAGGGCAGUGAAGAUUUGGAAUGACUUAGAUGACUCCGUUAAAUUACAACCAUCAAUUUCUACUUUUAAGAGUGCAAUGAAAGACCACCUAUAUUGUCUUUGACUAUCGAUUCAAAGAAUUUCAUUGAUUUUAUUGGAUUUAGGCAUAAGUUUUCCUUUUUAUUAGAUCUAAUUAUAUCUUAUCCAUCUGUAAAUAGUUACAUAAUAGCCUUUUCUGAGGAGCACCUAUUAAAGAUUAUUACUAUUACUAUUGUUUAUCAAAAAAUGGAAUGUUAACAAGUUGAAAAAAUAACUUGUGCUCAUUGUAUUACAUCUUUUCUAUUCAUUGCUUAGAUGAUGUUUCUAAAGUUGUAACAGAAAAGCUUCCAUUUAAUGAUACAAGUAAGUUUGUAGCUUGUUGUAGGAAAUUAUGCUUUUGUGUGUUUGUUAGGUAGUACUUCUGAAUAUACACACAUAUUAUUGUAUAAUAUUAUUUUAUUAUAAUGAAAAACUGAUAUCCAUAAUGACAUGUACUCUAAUAUCUUUUGUAGGCAUUAGAGAGUUUAACAAGUUAAAUGUACCUACGCAUGACCGGAGACACCAGGUUAAGGCAAAGGAAGUUAUAUGUCAAGCAGCUGAGUUAGUUCAUGAACUUGUAUCUGGAAUGUCAAACUUCCACACAUAUACAGAACAGGUAAGCAAUGACAUUCUUGUGUCUAAUGAAGUGUUAUUUUUUGUCUGUUUUAUUGUGAAUUUUUAAUCAGUUGGAAACGUAAUGAUUUUCUGCAAAGCUUGUCAAACCAUGGCUUGCACCACAUGUCAGAAAGACAUAGUUGAUUGUAAAAUAGCUCCUACAACAUUCUCUUUGAAUUUCACCAAAUUUUUGCAUUUUGCAGCGGCUGAAAACAUUCUUUGUGGAAUCAGCUCAACAGCAAAUCACCCCAGUCACACAAAAGGUAAAAAAAAACUAAAUAUAAAUGUUACAUUUUGUGUUUGAGAAAGACUACUACCUAAUGAUUGCAGAUAAAAAUUCCAUCAUAUAUUGUACACCUGUAUUAGGGCAAGACCCAGGCUAAUAUAAUGAAAGGGCUUAGGGUGAAUCAAAAUUGAUUAAUACAGCUAUGUGACCUUGCACUGUUCAAUAAUAAAUAUUUAACUUUAAGAUUCUUAUGUCUUAUCCUUUUUUCCUCUUAGUUUUGUGACUACCUUCAUGAAAAUGCCACAGUAUUACGAGCUGUUGAUCAGGCAUUUGUUUCCUUCUAUACCAGCAUAAAAACAGAUGUUUUAAUAUCAAUGGUAAGAUAAACUACUUGCAUUAGAUACGUGUGUCUUCCUAGCUAUCCAUACCUUUUCUUUAUGGCUGUUGACAUUCUUAUUGCACCAUCUCUGAGUUGAACAUCCAUUUAAUAGAUGGCAUUACAUCAAAUGGAAAUGAUUAGAUUGCUUUCAUAUUUUGGUAAGUCACCUUGUCCCUAUAUUUUGAUUACCUGAUAUAUAAAUAUACAAAUUUUAUUCAUCAGUAUUUAAUGCUAUUUCUUCUAUUUUUAGGAAACCAUUCCUGGCUUGCAUGAUUUUUCUGAAGCUUUUCAUAAAUAUAGCAAUUACUUAAAGAAGCUUCUACCAUAUUAUGUGUUGAGGUAAGAGACUAUGUGGCUCUAAUUAAUUGUGCAUUGAGACUUAUUUCUUUAAUACAGAGGUUUAGCUUGGUAUGCUUCAUUUACCUUCUUACAUUUUAAGGGGUUUUUUGUACCUUUUUUUGGUAGCACCAGUGAAGAAUGUAAAGCAUCAACUUGUUCCAGCACCUUGGAAGCCUAUAACAAAGCAUUGUUACAUUCACUCUCAAAACUGAUCACAAUUUUUAAUAAGAUUGACAGUCACAUCAGAAUCCUGGGCUCUGCUAGUAAGUUUAAAAAAGCAAGUAAGUUAGUUGAAAAAAGCAUAGUGAUAGACUGUACAAGUUCUACACGGCAUCACAGCAAAGCUGCCUCCUUAUACAUCACCCGUUAAGGCAUUAUCGGAUGGUGUAGAUAAAAAGUUUGGCAAUCAAAUGAGGCAAAAAUUAAAUUGAUAUUAAGGUGAGAGAUUAACGUAAUGAAACUUGUAAGUUCACUUCAGAAUAAAAUACAAUUAUGGAAUUUUGUGCAUAAACCUUUUUGUUCAAGAUGAUCUACAAGGCCUUAAGAAAGAAUUAAUCCUAGCACACUAAAAUGUAUCUUUGUGCUUAUGUAGGUUUUAAUAUUUUUCCUUCAAUGUUUUGUUAGGUUCAGGGUCUUCUGGAAUUGUUUUGGCUAACUACAGCACCUCCUUUUCACUUCUGACCUCUUCUCUACAGGAUUUCCAUGAAUGUGUGAAAAUAAUAAUUAUUGUUAUCUUUCAAUUAUAUUUACAAUAUUAGUAAUAUUAUUACCAAUUACAUGGGUAUUCCAGUAAAAGUAACCCCCAACACCCAAGAUGCUCUUCCUAAGUAGACAAAUGGAAAACAUUAUUACCUUAUGUUAUUAUUAUUCUUCUCUUUCACAGUAUUAUCAAUGCAUUUCCAGUCCAAAGUAUCCUUAGAGCACCAGCUGCCCACAGCCACCCAGGUAAACCAACAGCCAUAAAAGUAUAGUAUAUGUUCUGACAUGAAACCAAUUUAAUGUCACUGUUUUUUCACUGCAGACUUUGAAAAGCACAGAUGAAUGUAUUGUUUCCUCUUUAGUAUCUCUGGUAACGGUCACUGCUAAGGUACUUUUAAUGUUUUAUUUCCUUAUGAUUAGAUAGUUUCCUUUGUUUUAGCUUCUAUCAGGGACAGCCACACAAAGGAAGAUAUCUAUAGCAUGCAAUUUCAAGUUAGUGACCUCACUGUAACUCAAACUAUUAGGUAUAGCAGCACGUAAAGGAAGUUGUGUCUAUUAGCCCCGAGCUAGUGGAUUUUGCUAUCAGGCUAGUAAAUUCUGUUCUCAACUUGCCCAAUGGGUGAGUGAAAUUUUUUAGGAAUUCAAAUUACAGAUUAGAACUUUGUUGGGCUAGUUGAAAUGCCUUUUGGGCUAGUACAUGCAAGCCACAGCUUGCCCAAAUGGCAAGCUGUAAAAAUGACUUUCUUUGCACCCUAGAUACUGGCAUAUUAGACAGUCUUAAAGGAGCAAAUGAAACAAAUUAAUUGAAUAUGUAUAAUGUACAAUGCAGCAACACAUGACACGUAAUCAACACAGCUUUAUUUAGUGACUAAUUUGUAAAUGGAAAAAUUGAAUUUAAUGUAUUGUCAAUUCAAUUGUCAGAUAGGAAAAUUCAUGAGCAGUAACCUGGAUUUCUUCUCAGCCAAGUCUGGCAUCAGAACAAGAGGACUAACAUCUGCUGCAAACAGUGAGGUGUGUUUUACACUGAUCUACCUCCCAUGUCUGCUCUUAAAUUGCCUCAAACAAUAGAGUAUGUGUGUGGCAGCCAUGUUGGAGGAGUAAAACAAUAAAAAGAUUUUCCUUUGGGGAAAAGUUUCAUUUUCAUGCAAAAUUUAUAUAUUUUUAUGGUUUACUCCUCCAACAUGGCAGCCACGCACAGACUAUAUAAUCUGUGUGAAAGCCACUUGAAAAGAAAAAACAUUACUCAACUACUUUCUCGAGAGCUGUACAGGGACAUUUGUCUACGUUAAAAUUGUAUAAAAAAAUAUUAUUUUCUUUUCCUUUAGUUAACAUCUUCUCCAGCUGUGGUGGGGUUCAGACAUCAUGCAGCAGACUACAUUCAGAAGCUUAUGAGGGUAGCUAGCUAAAUUAGUAUUGUUUGGAUUUCACCCCUUUAAGCCCCAAAUAUCUACAUACAAAGUUGUCCAGAUUUAGCUCUAUACAUUUCCUUGCAGAAUUGGCUGGGAAAAUUUGAUAAAAGAUCAAAGUAUUUUCCCUUUGCUGAUCAUUUUAUGAAUUCCCAUAGCCUUUUUUCACUGAUGAUGGUAGGAGAAAAUUAGUGUUGGUCACUCAAUCUUAAAGGGUUAAACAGCAGUCAACCUCAUCCCUGGGGCUUUUCCCUUAGACAAUGGGAGGAGGAAAACUCUGCUUUGACAGUACCACAGAAAAACUGUUGCUUAGGCUAUGUAAGAUGGUGACACUGGUGUUUUUCUCCACUUUCAAAACAGACUUGUCAUACUGCUGAUUCCUUUCAGUUUCUUUGAUUUACCUUUGCUUAACCACUUAAUCCCCAAUUUCCACUUACAUAUUCUCCAGACUGAUCUCCAUACAUGUCCUUGAAGAAUAAGUAUGAGAAUGGAAUGAAAGAUCAAAACAUUUUCCCUUCGGUGAUUAUUUCAUCAAUUCUCAUAACUUUUUCUCUUGAUAAUAUAAUGAUAUUGUCAGGACAAAAUUAAGUUUUACUCUUGGGAAUUAAAGGGAGCUGUCAAAUUAAAUUCUAGAUGCAAAAGGUUUUCUACCUGUUCUAAGAAUGUAAUUUUUUGCAUACUUCAGCCCUGUCCAGAGUCUGUACCUUACAAAGUUGCUCUUCACAAUCACAAAAUCCUGGUGAGCUCAACAGAAAGUAAAGAUUCCUUGGAAAAACAGGUAUGAAUCAGCCCGUUUACAGUUAACAAGUUAUAUCAAGCCUGUAUUUGCACUGACAAAAAAGUAAUUAUUUUAUUUAAAUGGCUGUUAACCUGUAGUUACAAUAAAUUUUUCUUUUAGUUCAAAAAUUAAAAAAAUAAUCCAGUUUGAUUUCUUUCCAUUUGUCUCCGGUAAUGUGGGUUUAUGUGAGACAUAAGAAAAAUAUAGUAACACUAACAGCUUGUCAUAUCUAUGCAUUUGUCAAAAUUCAGUUAUGUUUUGCUGUGGAAAUGAAAAGGUCCAAAGCUAUGAGAAAGAGCCAAAUUUUUGUUUUCCUGGUUUUUACAGAUCGCUGCGACUCACGAGAGAGUAACUAAACUUGAACAGGACAAAGAACACUGGAUGCUGGAGUCUCAAUUGUUACAAGUGAAAUAUGAAAAAGAAGUCAAGGUUUGUGCGCUUUCAAUAAUUUCACAAAGGCAGAUUCCGCCCCCAGUUGGCCAAGUCGCUCGGGUAUUAACAGACUCUGACAGUGAACACAUCACAUAAGCCACUGACUCUACCUUUUGGCAGUCAUGCACUGUACAUGGUCACGCCUUCACCCUUUCUUAGUCAAGCAGUUUAAUUUCCUGGAUAUAGUUCACUGUGGUAGGACUUUCAAAACAGUCUCUGCUUUUUCAGAGAAACAAGGCAGCUUGUGUUCUUAACUUUUUUGUGGUAACUUCUUUGUAUUUUCCACCAGGAGUGCCUAAACUGACAAUUACGAAUUUUUAUUAUCCCUCUUAGAAAGUACAGUCCCUAGAACAGGAGCUCCACCGAUUAUUGGAAGCUAAAAACAUGAACUUUAUAACAGAUGGGGUUGCGGUAAGAACUAUUUCUCUAAUUAUAGAUUUUUACAAGCGGAUGAUAGAGUUCCCGCAAGGCUUGACUGAUGAGCCCUUACACUUUUUUAAUACAUAUUCAUCUUUCCUUCUCUUAAUUUCCAGUCUCUCUCAGAUGAAACAGACUCUACUUCAUCUCGAUCAUCUUUGACGUCACACAGCUAUGAAGUCCCAGCUCCACCUUCUGACGUAAGUACCUGUACCUCCAUUUCGUUAUUGUUGCGUUUUCAAAGAAAAGAAGCAAGAAACAAGCUUUGUGACUGAAAGGAACUUUUUUGAAUAGCUAAAGGCCUCUCCAUAAAAUGGGGGUGAUCCACAACAACAGACAGCAUCGCAGUUAUUGUCGUAAACGUUUCAAAUGUUCGGCAGGAUUUUCUUGCGACCAUGAGGUGCUGCCGUGUUGGAUUAGCUGCCUGUUUAUUUAUUCCUGUUAACCUUGAAAAGGGAAUAUUUUCUUAACCUUACAUUUAGUUGUGCUAAUUUUCUUAUCGGAACCUAGACGUUACUCAAAGAAAAAUAUUUUGCAUUUAGAAUAAGACACGAUUUGUUUUUCUCAGUUUGAAAGAGAAGCUGUAACAUUCCUCAACAAAUGCAUGACAAUAAGUUUAAUUUGUGAGGGUGAGACAUGGUCCCUUUUCGGAACUGAUAAUCUGUAGUCACAUGAGUGUAACCUUGCACCAUGUGUGUAAUUACCUUGAUAACCUUUAUAAGGGAUUCCAACAUCACUGAUGAUGAUGUUUACAUUAAAACUAGUGAAGUAGUGCAAUGUAGAUCGCAGGUAAACUACAUUGUCGUUUUGAUGGUUUAUUUGUUUCUUUUUUGUGUAUUUAGCUUGGGGCACUAGCAUCACUCAGGCUGCAGGAUGAAGUGAGUGUUAUUUUUCUCUCGUGUUUUAACAUAUUUAACAGAUUUAUGCCGCAAGAGGAAAAUUCGUAAGAAUACUUUCCAAAUGAAUAGAACUUAGUUAUCCCCAGUUUUUGCGGGCCACUGUAGGCGGUUCGUUUGUGCGAUAUUUUGCCAAGUCAAGCUGCUUCUAAUUAUGUCCCUUCCUGAUAUUUUCUUGUGGUACCUGGUUCCUGAUCCCAAAAUAAGCUUGGCAGUCACUUGAAACUGAGAAUAGCUUACAGUGGUCCAUGUUAAUUGUUGUUAACAAAGUACUUUCCAUCUAGCUGAAGAGGGCCUUAUCAAGUGAUAAUAUACUACAUAAGCUCUCGCUCUGGUAAUGAGCUGACUAGAUUUCAUUAUCUAAACAUUGAUGAAUGUGACUGUUUGUUUUGGUGAUUUAGGGCGAGGAACAUGUGGCAAGAGAAGCAUUGAUCAAGACUCACUUUACACAGAGAAUAUCUGAACUAACUUCACAGGUAAUGCAGCGGUGAAGGAAGUGAGGGUGAUUUUUUUCUUGGAUUUUGGUAAAGCUUUUGCAGACUAGCUCAACACCGGAAACUGAGCUCGAUCAUAAAAGAAGAAAUAUAUCUGCAACAGUGUUAGUCUUAAUUCGGUUAUAUCAUGCGAUAUAUCUUUGUAUGUAAAUUGAUUACUUUAAUUUUGGUAUCUGUCAUGUGUUAGAAUUGAAUGAGUUCUUCUCCUGUUGUCAUAAUACUUGCGGCGUAUAACGUAGCUGAAAGGAUUUGAGAUUUCUGAACUUCAAACGGAAAUGCCAUUGCCUUCUUUAUAUUCGUUUAUUUGAUUGUAGGUGCAAUUUUCCGAGAGCAAGACAGCGUCCAUGAGUGCAGAGGUACAGAAAGUUUUAAUCACUACUUUUUCCUUGGUUCUGUAUUCAGUCAACUUGAAAUACCUGAAAAAGGAAAUUUUGAGGGUUACUUUGGCUCUUUUAUACGUUGUAUUUAUUCAUUGGAACCGGUAUUGAUGUGGCAUUGUAAGUUGAUGGUAUCCAGGCGAUAUUUUGGUGAUUAUCUAUGGCAAUUUUCUUAUUUAUGAAUUGUUCAAUCUUUACCAGUGCCGCGCUUUAUAUCGACGAAUAAAGCAGACAGAGAAGACCAAACAAGAAUUAGCGAGAUCUCUAAAGACUGCUACGUCUAAAGUCAGUCAGCUAGAGGUGAGUAACUCACUCAGUAAGGCUGUGCUCUAGCAGCGCCUAGUAGACCCUGGCGCUAAAACUAGUACGUUUUUCAUACAAAUCCAAUCAGCUGGGUACCCUGGAUUUCACAGGUUUAGAGCACCGGGCUCCCUUCAAUUUUUCUUACACCACAACCUCUGACUGGGAUGGGGCACAUCGAUGAUACAGUAGCGUUUUCGUAAACUUUCCCCCACCCCAACAACAUCGCCCCGGAGAGAGCGGAGUGGUUUAUCCCCCAUUUUCCUGAUCGUUUUCGACAAAGUAUUUUGCGGAGGGUCUCAAUGGGGUUAACCGAUAGGCGUAAAACGGCCAAAAAUUUAGUCGAUACCCGUAAAAAUUGAAAAAUUUUAACCGGCAGCCGUAAAUAGGGUAAAAAGAGUUAACCGUAAAAGAAAUUGUUCCCUAGAUUUGCUACUUUUAAGGAAGGUACUAAACUCACUUAUGAUUGCGUUUUUUAUUUCCCUGCUACUGUGGCUCUGUACACACAUUAGGUAAAGCGCCUUUUAGGUGUUGACCAAGAUCCUGGCUCCAUUUCCGCCGCUCUCUCGGGGAACUAAUUUUUUUCCAUAGCGAAAGUGUGGCUUCUUGCCGGGGAUUAAUAUUUGCGAUUUUCAGGAGGUCGUGCCCUCGAAACACUAGUGAAACAACACGCAGAGAUGUCACUGUUGUAAAACACGUUGCCGAUAAACAACAUUUCCCUGUUUUUCUCUGACGCUACGGUAGACAUUGCCAUGCCUAGUCCCUGUACGGCGUCUUCCCACGCAAUCUCGGCCAAGACAUUUCGGUGGCGAACUCGCUUGGACCAUGUGACCCGAAACGCAUUAGCCGCACGAAAUAAUGAGGCCUACGGACAAGGCAACGGCUGACAGUGGUUCCGUACAGUCCUUCGCUAUCAUUAAAAACACUGGACACCGGAAUUUUGUUAUUGGCCGUUUUCACACUGGAGCUAGAAACGGAUUAUCCGUCUGAGACUAGCCUGUGUACAGCCACCCCCUUCCCGACAGACGUCCUUCUCCGAUUUUUUUCUGAGGGGAGAGGGCGGCUGUACACAGGCUAUCUGGAACGAAUAAUCCCGUCUUCAAACUGUCCGUCGAAAUUGAUGGAUAAAGUCAGGCGGAUUGUUCAUUCAAAAUUAAAACGGUUCCAUUUUCAAAUUAAGACUUACUACCUAUCUGACGCGAAUCACCAAACGGAUAACCCGUCUCACACGAAUAAUCCGUCUCUAGUGUGGAAACGGCCAUUUAUGCUGUAAUGAAUGUCGCGCCCCGACCUUGAGUUGGGCGUUCGCGUGUGUGCUUUGCUUUUUCACAAAGAUCAUUUUUAAAUUGACUAUUGACAUUUCUAUGUGUAAAUUAAUAUUGAAAAUGGAAUACUUUAUAAAAAGUUUAAUCUAUCAAAUGUUAAAAUUUUUCAAAAGAAUAGCUUAUUUCACAUCCCGAGAUGAUCUUAAGACCUUUAUUUUGCUUUAAAGGUACAAAAAAUACAGGUUAAUUAAUAUUUAACUUUUUGAAACAAAAGAGGCUAAUUGUUAACUUUUUUGUUAACCGUAACUGAAAACAAUUAGCCGAUAGCCGUAAAAGAGCCAAAAUUUUAGCCGAUAACCGUAAAUGCCACCACCCCAUUGAGACCCUCUUUGCGGUUAGUAUUGCAUUUUUCUCAUUUUUGCAGGACGAGGUGGAGACAAUCAAACGGAGCUAUGAAACACAGUUAUCAAUGAUGAGUGAUCAUCUGUGUGGAAUGAAUGAAAAACUGACGUCACAGCAGGAUGAAAUUGAGGCUCUUAAGAGUGGAAAAACCAAAAAGGGAAAGCAGCGAUAACAAAAAUGAUUUUCAAAAGGAAAAUGGACAUUGUAAAGAAAAAAAAAUGGAAAGAUAUGAUUGUUGAGACAAAGAAUAGAUUAUAUCAUCAAUAAGAGAUAAAUACAAUAUAAGCAUUUGCGCAUUUCCAAUAAGACAAGGCUUAUGCAUUUUUGACUUACCGGCUUGCUUUCAGAAAAUGCCGGGGUUGCUGACAGUUAAGCCCGCAAACUGAUAUAGAUGCAUAGGUAGCCCAAGCUUGAGAUAUGAGCGUCGGCAUUGUUGCAUAACCUUCCAAAUAUAAGGAUUUGAUUGUGGAAGAAAGGUUUCAACAUUGCGUGCCAACGUAGAUAGGCAUUCUAAGUGAGGUAAAAAGGUUAUUGAAGUAAAUCGAUAGUCAGAGGAGCGAGCCUAUGGGCUCCUGAUAGUCAGCGAUAGUAGACAGAAAAUUGCGCUGGUGGUUCUUUGCCGACAACAAACCAGAGAUCUCCUGUGUUUCCCUUCUUUUGACCUCUGCAAAACAGAGUCCAGCAAUAACUAAAUUUUCAUUUUUAUCAGGUGCAGGCCAGCGGCUCCUGUCAUUG